AUGGCGACGGUCGCCAAGGAGCCGGCAGCUGCUGACAAGAAGCAGCGGCCCAAUGCGCUGCGAUCAAUCAUUGCUGGCUCAACCGCCGGCGCGAUUGAAAUCGCCAUUACCUAUCCCGCCGAAUUCGCAAAGACAAGGUCGCAGCUCAACAGACGGCUAGCAGAGGGCAAGAAGCUGCCAUGGCCACCCUUUGGAGCGCAGUGGUAUGCGGGAUGCACCACGCUCAUCAUCGGCAACUCUGCCAAGGCGGGAAUCCGAUUUGUUGCGUUUGACCAGUUCAAGAGCAUGCUCGCCGACGAGAACGGGAAGCUCUCUGGCCCGCGAACUGUCUUGGCCGGCUUCGGUGCCGGAGUCACAGAGUCGCUGCUCGCCGUCACUCCUACCGAGAGUAUCAAGACGACUCUCAUCGACGACCGCAAAUCCGCCAAGCCUCGCAUGCGCGGUUUCCUCCAUGCCGUCCCCAUCAUCGCCCGUGAACGUGGUAUCCGUGGUUUCUUCCAGGGCUUCGUCCCUACGACAGCUCGACAGGCAGCAAACAGUGCCACCCGCUUCGGUGCCUACAACUUCUUCAAGCAGAUCGCCGAGUCAUAUACUGCGCCAGGAGAGAAGCUGGGCACCGUAGGUACCUUUGCCAUGGGUGGUCUUGCAGGUCUAGUGACGGUGUGUGCUGCCAUGAUCUUUAAGCAGGAGGGCAUUCUUACGUUUUGGAGCGGAGCGCUUCCCCGGCUGGCCAGAUUGGUGCUCAGCGGAGGCAUUGUGUUCACCAUGUAUGAGAAGAGUAUGGAUCUGAUGAACAAGCUGGACCCCGAGAUGAAGUACAUCUAA